CUUCUUCUUCUCCCUCCUUCCGGACCCCUCUGCGAACGUCCCGAAUCCAUGGACCCGCGAGACGGUGAGGCGAAUCUUCAUGAAGGAGCUCACGAUUAUAGAUCCUCCGACCACGGAGAAGACGAUAGGUCGCAACCUCACUCCGGAGACGGUGCCAGCCCUGGCAAAAUUUUCAUAGGAGGUUUAGCAAGAGAGACAACUUCUGCACAAUUUCUUAAGCAUUUUGGUAAAUAUGGUGAAAUUACGGAUUCUGUAAUUAUGAAAGACCGGAAGACAGGGAUGCCUCGUGGAUUUGGGUUUGUGACAUAUGCAGAUCCUUCUGUUGUUGAUAGAGUUAUUGAGGACACUCAUAUUAUUAAUGGAAAACAGGUAGAGAUUAAGAGAACAAUACCAAAGGGAGCUGUUGGGAGUAAGGAUUUCAAGACUAAGAAGAUUUUUGUUGGUGGAAUUCCUUCAACAGUGUCUGAAGAUGAGUUCAAGGAAUUCUUUUCACAAUUUGGGGAGGUCAGGGAGCACCAGAUCAUGCGAGAUCAUGCCACCAAUCGCUCUCGUGGUUUUGGGUUCAUCACGUUUGACGCAGAGCAAGCUGUUGAUGAUCUCUUGGAAAAGGGGAACAAAGUUGAGAUGGCUGGAGCUCAGGUUGAGAUAAAGAGAGCAGAGCCAAAGAAACCAAAUGCUGCCCCUCCUCCAUCCAAGCGAUACAAUGAUUCUAGGUCUUCAUAUAGUGGUGGAUUUGGAGAUGCUUACAGUGGAUAUGGAGGUGCUGGUUUUGGUGGUGCUGGUUACAGAUCAGGUGGGUCCUAUGGAGCUCGAGCUGGUGGGUUUGGGGGAUAUGGCGGUGGUGAAUUUGGUGGGUAUGGAGGAUAUGGGGGUGGUAUGGGCCCAUAUAGAGGAGAGCCCUCUGUUGGAUAUUCAGGUCGUUAUGGAGGUUUUAGCAGAGGCUAUGAUAUGGGAGGAGGCGGCUAUGGAGGUCCUGGAGACAUGUAUGGAGGAUAUGGUGCUGGUGGCAUGGGUGGUGGAGGAGGCUACGGGAGUGCUUAUGACACUGGCCUUGGUGGUGGCUAUGGAGGUGGUGCCGGAGGUCCCUUUUACGGAAGUAGGGGAGGAGGUUAUGGUGGUGCAGGGAGUGGCCGAUAUCAUCCUUAUGGGAGGUAGAAAGGGCAAUUGUUGCUUGGGACAUCCUUUCCGAGUUACAAGAUGCGACAUGCUGAGCAGGAUUAGCAUUUUGUAGUCUAUGUAUCUCCCUAUUUUUUUUCUUCAAACGUGUCACAAUUUUCUGAGAACAAAUUCUAAAGUUCUAAACUCUGCAAACUGUAUGAUUGAAUUCUUCUCAUAUUUGUAUUAAUGGUGGGAUUUCAUCACAUGUUUCUGAAUAGGAUAUUCAUUGUGAAU